AUGAACGAGGGAAAGUAUGACAAUGACGAGCGCAUACGGGCAAGGGGCUGUGACACGGCACGACGUUAUGUUGCAGCUGACAACUGCACCGGAGACGAAAGUCCAGAACUGGAUGCUGGACGAUUCAGGGAUACGAGACGGUUCGAAGACCCGGACCGAUUUGCGGACCGAUUUACGGACCCCGUUGAAAGGGAAGGUGGCGGCGUUCGGGUUUCGGAAUGGGCUGAUCUGGACGUGCGUCACGAAGGGGGGGUGCGUAGCACUGUGCCCUUCGCGAGUUUAACGAUGGCUGAACGACCUGCAGUCAUGGAGUCGGUCGCGUCUUCGAUGGAAUGCGCCGCCCGCUUGGAGGACGAACCCAAGAUGGACCGACCUGUUUCUGGCGGCAGCCGUGCCAGCCACUUUAUUGCCUUCCGGAUCGACGAUCCAGACGCCGUGGACCGCUUCGUCGCUUUCCAAGACGCGAUCUGCGAACAACACCCCUUCCUCGACAUCGGACGCACAAACCCACAGAAGUUCCACCUAACGCUAUUGGUGUUGUCUCUGCGGCCGAGUGAGAUUGAGGUGGCUGUGCAGGCUAUGAAUGCGGGUAUCGAAAUGUUCCGGAAGCGGAUGGCCCAGACCCUGAACCUGGAGUUCCGGACGGUAGGUGCUUUUAACACCAGACUAUUGUUUGUAGCGCCGUCACUUCGCCAGCGGUUGAUCUUGGACGCAUUGCAUGUUGAUUUGGCUCGAGCUUGCGGAGCACAUGGACUCACGAUUGUGGGAGCCGGUGCCGGAUGGACAAGUGCGAUGGCAUUGAAACAUAAGAUCCAAGCCACGGGUGUUGGUCUCUCGCACGUUAAACUAGCUCGGCCUAGAGAUGGCACAGGUGCAGCCGAAGAGGCCGCGCAAAAUACAAUGACUGUUAAUGAACCUUGUAGCUCCGUCAGCAACGACUACACUCCUAGCCCCGAAGACAUUAAACGAAGCUCCGCCGCCGCCACCUUCCGAGAGACGCUGGAAUCAUCUCUACACUCCACCCCUCUUGAUCGCUCCCUGCUAAAAAAAUACGAUAUCACAGGAUACAGAAAUACCUUCUACGUUCCCCAAGUUAGCGUCUUCAAAAUGGGCAAAGCCAACAGGAAAAACAAAAACGCAAAGUACACUCCCCCCCAGCUCUCGCACACACUUCCGAUCUAA